CAUGCUGCUGGGAUUGCUGAGGCUGUGUGACCCACCACAAGGGAGCCAAGGACCUACUCAGGGUGUGUCGGACCUGUGGGCACCGUGACAUUGAAACUCCAGUGGAGUGAUGUGUGAGCGUGGCUUCCGAGCCCAGAUCUGCUGUUGCUGUGGCCCUGCUCCCUGUUCCCUCUGCUGCUCCUUUCUCCCAGGGAUUAAGGUGUCGUCUGGGACCCGGCUGAUGUACACGUUCUAUCACAUCGUCAGUUCCACGGGCUGCUGCCUGCUGAUGUCCCGAACUGUGGCAGAAUCAGUGCGGGAGAGAGUGCCUUUCUUUAGAAUGCUCUGUGAGCACCUCCAGCCUGGCUCAGACUGUGACAAGCUGAUCGGAUACUCAGCGGUCUACAGAGUGUGUUUUGGGACAGCCUGCUUCUACCUGCUGCUGUGUAUAAUCCUGAUCAACGUAAAAUCCAGUCGGGAUUUCAGGGCUCUGAUUCACAAUGGGUUCUGGUUUCUGAAGUUCCUGAUCCUAGUCGGUAUUUCUGCAGCUGCCUUUUUCAUUCCGGACGAAUCAUUUCUCCACGUAUGGCGAUAUGUUGGUCUGACUGGAGCGCUUCUCUUCAUCAUGAUCCAACUCUCUCUCAUCACCGUCUUUGCUCACUUCUGGAACAAGAACUGGAUGACUGGAGCGGCGGACAGGAAGUUGUGGAGUCUUGCUGUGCUGGCGGUUACCCUGCUCUUCUACGUCAUGGCUGUGAUGGCCUUCUCCCUGAUGUACAAGUUUUACACCCACCCGGCGGGCUGUAACCUCAACAAGGUGCUCCUGAUCCUAAACAUCAGCCUCUGCAUCCUGGUGUCUGUCCUCUCCAGCACCUCCUGCGCACAGCAGAGACAGCCCCACAGUGGCCUGCUGCAAGCUUCCAUCAUCAGCUGCUAUGUCAUGUACCUGACCUUCUCCGCCCUCUCCAGCCGACCCCCCGAGACAGUGGAAUAUCAGGGGCAGAACAUCACCAUCUGUUUCCCAGGUGUCGGCAAGGAUGGCGAGCAGGCAGAGGGCAAGAUGAUCACCAUCAUCGGAGCAGCUGUCAUGUACUGCUGCGUGCUAUUUGCCUGUAAUGAAGCUUCCUACUUGGCCAAGGUCUUCGGCCCCUCCUGGAUGCUGCGGGUUUACAGAUACGAGUUCAAGAAAGCUUCCUGUUCUUUCUGCUGCCUCAAUGAAGAAGCAGAGCCCAGCCACGAGGUGGAGAACGUUGGGGGCCAGGCGGUGAUCCACAACGAGCGCGAGUGUGUCACCUACAGCUACUCCUCCUUCCACUUCGUCUUCUUCCUGGCCUCGCUCUACGUAAUGAUGACCCUGACCAACUGGUUCAACUAUGAAUCUGCCACGCUGGAGACGGUGUUUUCCCACGGCAGCUGGUCGACGUUCUGGGUGAAGAGCUGCUCCUGCUGGCUGUGCCUGUUCCUCUACCUGGUCAUCCUCCUGUCCCCCCCCUGCUGCAUGUCCAGUGAGAGGCGCCGUGUCGUCCAAGCGAACUAGCCCCUGCCCCACACCCGCCCACACCCCACCACCAGCGUCUGAGCAGCCGGUGGG